GAUUUCCAACCUUUGCAACUAAACGUUCAGACAGAGAAAGAAAGUCACGGUGAUUAGUCGUUUUCUGUUUUAUUUCGUUUUAAAUUGGAAGAUUUUUUGAGUUUGAAAACACAUCUUGGUGCAAAAACCUUGUUAAAAUGUUUGACCCUACGAAGCACGGCCUUAGCCGUGACUUCCGUCUUACGAAAUUUUCUACGCUACGUGGGUGAGGUUCGAAGAUUCCUCAAGAUGUCCUUGAUCGGCUUCUGCGAGGAGUAUACACAGAACAGUUUACCGCUAGCGAUGAACAAACAACCGAAAAUACCUCUGAUAAGCAAACCGAUGAAAGUGUUGGAAUUGGACUCGAUUCAUCUGUAAUACCGCUCAAGAAUGACUUGCAACUUGUGCAAACCGUCGAUUUCUUCUACCCAUUAAUCGACGAUCCAUAUUUAUUGGGUAAAAUUGCCCUGGCCAAUGUGGUUAGCGAUGUGUAUGCCGUAGGGGCCAUGGACAUUGACGAAAUCAGACUGGUCUGUUCGGCUCCUACGGAAUUUAGCGACAGCGAGCGAGACAUUGUAGUUCCUUUGAUUGUCAAAGGAUUUCUAGAUGCAGCAGCCGAAGCGAAAGCGAAGGUUAAAAUCGGUAGUAUCGCUUUGAAUCCGUGGUGCAUAAUUGGGGGAAUUGCCACAGCCGUUUGUCAUAAGUCGGAGUUAAUUUUGCCUUACCAUGCGCAAAUAGGAGAUGCUUUGGUACUUACAAAACCUUUAGGUACUCAACUAGCUACAAAUGCAUUUAUAUGGAUGUGUGAGAGCUCGGAAAAUUACACAAAACUAGUUGACCAAGGGUUAAGUGGACCGGAGAUAGAGAAAACUUACGGUAUCGCUGUUGAAUCGAUGUCUCGUCUGAAUCGAUCCGGUGCUCAACUAAUGCACAAAUAUGACGCACAUGCUGCUACUGACGUAACCGGUUUCGGUCUCUAUGGUCAUGCUGAGAAUUUGGUGAAGUUCCAAAAAGAAGCCGUGGACUUUGAAAUAGAUACUCUGCCGAUAAUCAGAAAUGUUGUUAGCAUUGCCGAAAUUCUAAAUCGGAGUACCAAACUGCUUGCGGGUAAAGCGGUAGAAACAUCCGGAGGGCUGCUCGUAAGUCUUCCAGCACAAAAUGCGGCCUUAUUUUGCAAUGAAUACCGAACGGUAUCUGGACACGAAGCGUGGACCAUUGGUCGCGUUGUUGAGGGUAGUCGAACGGUGAAGAUGAGUCCAAAUCCCACAAUUCUUUCGGUUGAACAUUAAAACAGACAGCUUGCUUUGAGAGUGUGAUGGCAAUUUUUUCGAAGAACGUAUGAAGCGAAUUUUUAAAGGUUAACUGCUGGUAAAUUUGCGAAAGUUUUUCUUCGACAUUAUUGUCAUUAUGCGUACAAACGGGUUUUGUUAGUUUUGAAUAAAGAUUGUAUUUACAUAUAU